AUGGCCGCCCUGGGCGACAAGAUCGCUGCCAACAUCUUGGCACAAACGGCUUCUGUGCCCAGCAUCCCGUGGAGUGGAGAUGGGCUCACGUGUCAACUCACCGAAGAAGGCACGAUCCCUGAGGAAAUCUUCAACAAGGCUAUGGUGACCAGCGCUGAGGAGGCCUGUGAGCGUGCAACGAAGAUCGGCUUUCCCAUUAUGGUGAAAGCUUCUGAGGGAGGCGGAGGGAAAGGCAUCCGGAAGGCCACCAACAUGGAGGAGCUCAAAGUGGCCUACACCAACGUUUUCACCGAGGUACCUGGGUCGCCCAUCUUCCUCAUGCGGAUGGUCUCCAAGGCGAGACACUUGGAGAUUCAAAUCCUGGGAGACGAGUAUGGGAACACCCUGGCGUUGAACGGCCGCGACUGCUCAACUCAGAGGAGGUUCCAGAAGAUCUUCGAAGAAGGCCCACCGACCAUUGCCAAGAAAGAGGUCUUUCAUGAGAUGGAGCGCGCGGCCAUGCGUUUGACGGCCUUGGUGGGCUACAGGGGAGCUGGGACGGUGGAAUAUCUCUACAGUCCGGAGACGCAUACCUUUUGCUUCUUGGAGUUGAACCCCCGUCUUCAAGUGGAACAUCCAGUCACCGAGUCCAUCACUGGCGUGAACAUGCCUGCCACGCAGCUUCAGAUCGCCAUGGGCUUGCCCCUGUACAACAUCCCGGACAUUCGGAGGUUUUAUGGCAUGGACCCGACCCAAAACUCUCCGAUUGAUUUCUUCGCCGUGGACUAUCCACCCAUCACCUCCCACUGCUGCGCCAGCCGGAUCACCGCCGAGAACCCCGAUGAGGGCUUCAAGCCCACAAGUGGAAAGAUCAACAGUGUGAGGUUUCAGUCCUCGGGCGACUGUUGGGGAUAUUUCAGUGUUGGCUUAAAGGGUGGCAUCCAUGAAUUUGCGGACUCCCAGUUUGGGCACAUCUUCGCCAAGGGUCCCAACCGGGAGGCAGCCAGGAAGAGCUUGCGUUUCGCAUUGAUGAACCUGGACAUCAGCGGUGAGAUCCGACACCCAGUCGAUUAUUUGGUGGAUCUCAUUGAGACCAAGGAAUACCGGGAGAACACCAUCGACACCAUGUGGCUGGAUGGCCUGAUUGCCAGCAAGGCCAUUGCCCCUAGCCUGGGGGCGAUGGAGGUGGUCUUCUAUGCUGCUGUAUUCCGAGCAUUUGAGACAGUGAAGAGCCGCACGUUGGAAGCCAUCCAUUCUAUGCAGAAGGGUCAGUUGGUGCUGCUGGGGAAGAGUGACACAGAUGCCCUCACCUCCUUCCACAUUGAUGUCACCUAUGAUGAGAAGAAGUUUUCUUUCUCUGUGUCCAGGAGGCGGGCCGACAUUUAUUGCUUCAGCAUCAAUGACCAGACCAUCAAGGCCAAGGUAAGGGAGCAGCCGGAUGGCUCAUUAUAUGUUCGGGUGGGCCGCCAAAGCCAGCAGGUCAAGGGGCAAGAAGAGGCCUUGGGUCUUCGUUUGGUGAUCGGUGGCCAGACCAUCAUGGUCCCCAACGUCUAUGAUCCUUCCGAGUUGCGCUCGGAUGUGAAUGGGAAGGUGGUCCGCUACUUGCACGAUGAGGGCACUGAGAUUGCCAAGGGCGAGGCAUAUGUGGAAUUGGAGGCCAUGAAGAUGAUCAUGGCUUUGAAGUCUCCUGAGGCUGGCCGUGUGAGCCAUGCGCUGUCGGCGGGCAGCAUCGUGUCAGCGGGGGAGCUGCUGGCAAAGCUCGAGUUGAAGGACCCUUCCAAGGUGAAGAAGAUCCUGCCCUUUGAAGGUCAUUGGCAGGGCCCCGGCCUUGAGGAGGCAGAAGACUUGGAGCCUCGUGAGGAGCUUUUGGCGCUGCUGGACGGCUACAGCAUUGAUGCUAAGGGUCCGCUGGUGGUUCAGAAGAUGUUUGCGAGCUUUGCCAACAACGAGGUGGCAGCUGAGACGGUGCGCGGGGUCUUGGAGAAGUAUUUGUCCAAUGAACGGCCUUUUGCAGCCUCCAUCGAGAAGAAGCAGCCUUAUGACCAGCUCCUGCUGGAGCUGAUCAAUGAGGGGAAGGACGAUCUCCAGAAGGUGCUAUUCAUGCUCGUUGCCCACAACAAGAUGGCCGAGCGCAAUGGCGUCAUCAUGGCAAUCCUCCGUGAGAUGGUGGCAGCUGAAGGCUCAGGCAUGUCUUGCAUGUAUGUGCCAGAGAUGCGGGAAGAUGACAUGGACAGUGCUGUGCACCAGAAGAUCCUGGAGAUUUCGCAGCUGCCGAGCACUGCCGGAGUGGCCGGUGAUUACGGCAACGUGCGAUAUUUGGCACAGCAGCUGCUGGAUGUGUUGCCCACAGAAUCCCAUGCACAGCGUCUCAGAGGCUUGAGGGAGCAGCUGGUACAGUUGGAUGAGAAGGCCUUCCAGCUGGCUGGUUCGGAGCUCCCAGGAGCUUCGGAGGGCAACUUGGAGGUGGAGCUUCUGGUGGAAGCUCUCCAUGAUGAGGAUCUCAAGGUGCAGAAGCGUGCGAUGCACUCAUACCUCUACUGGCUGGCUAAACCUGGGCGGCUCGCAAAGUUGGAGGUCCAGGAGAAGUCAGCUUUGUGGACUCAGUUCUUCCCAGUGGAUACAGAGGUGCAUAAUAGGCAUGGGCUGAUGCUGGUUCUACCUGAUCUGGAGCACAUGGAAGGCGCUUUGGAUCAAAGGCUGCCGGAAUUGGAGGCCUUGGGUGGUGGCGCUGUGCCAUUGAACUUUCUGCACGUGGUGGUCGGACGCGAUGCCUUCCCUGCAGUGACAGACCGCACCCUGUUCUACAACACUGAUGCUGAGCUGAAGAAGGUACUGCAGCAGAGCCAGGAAGUCUUCGCGAAGAAAGCACAGCUUCUGAAACUUGCGGGUGUUGGCGAGAUUUGCUUGGUGCUGCCACAGCCACCUCGCCAUCCACGAUUCGCCAGAUUCAUGUUGGACGAGAUGGAAGAAUGGUCCGAGCAGGAGAUUGGUCGAGACAUGUGGCCUUCCUUCCAAGGCAUGUUGGAGCUUGGGUCUUUGAAGAGGAUUUACCAACUCCAGCGCAUUCACAAGGAGGUGCGCCCAACUUCCCACAUCUAUUUGGCCACACAGCCCAGUUUAGGUGGAAAGGCUCCGGCACCUGAAUUGCUGAUGCGUGCAUUGUACCUGUCCAAGAUCAACCCAGAGUCAUUGAGCUCAAAUCUCUCUGAUAGCUUGGACAUGGCCUUGGAUGAGAUUGAGCAUGCGCUGCUGGACCCUCAGGUCUCCAAGUUUGGACCUACCAUCACCAGUCGGAUCUUCUUGCACCUGGUGGCUGAGCUGGACAUGCCCAAAGCCCAGAUUCAACAGCUCUUUAUGGACACCAUCAGCAGCCAUGUGGGACAUCGUGGCUCUGACAUCAUCAAGCUUUAUGUGGACCAGAUUGAAGUGAAAGUGCAUGUCCGAGACAACAGCUGCCUGGAGAUCUUGCGCUUUUCCUUCUCCUCGUUGCAUGGGGGGUUCUUCAAGCCGAAGCUGCUGCGCGAGAUCCCAGACCCCGUGACCGGCUUCCCCUUGCGCUGGGAAGAUCACUCCGAUGGAGUCGUGGAUCAGUCGAGCUCCCAGAGCUACCAGGCCAAGCGGGUGGCAGCGCGUCGUGCUGGAUCAAGCUAUGCCUAUGACCUGCCGGGAAUGCUUCAACUAGCCUUGAGGAUGAAAUGGAUCUCAGCUCCUGAGGAGUCCAGAGCAAAGGGAUCUCAAGCGACUGGAACCCGCCGCCGAAGCCCCUCACCACGAGGCCGUACAGUGCCAUCAAAGGUGGAGAACAUGCCCAAAGAUGUCCUGAAAGCGAAGGAAUUGGUGAUGGAUUGGUCCAAGAUGGAACUGAUUGAAACUGAGCGUUUGGAGGGAAGCAACGACGUUGGCAUGUUGGCUUGGAGGCUGACGAUGCAGACCCCUGAAUACCCGGAGGGUCGAGAUGUCAUUUUGAUUUCGAACGACGUGACCUUCCAAGCGGGCUCCUUUGGCGUGAGGGAGGAUCGAUUCUUUCAAAAGGCCUCCGAGUUCGCUCGAGACCGCGGCCUGCCUCGCAUCUACGUGUCCUGCAAUAGUGGGGCCAGGGUUGGCUUGGUCGAAGAGUUGAAGCCUCUCUUCAAUGUGAAAUGGCUUGACCCUUCUGAUUGCAACAAGGGUUUCGAAUAUCUCUAUUUGCUGAAGCAUGACUAUGAGAAGCUGCCUGCAGGCAGUGUGGAGGCUCAUAAGGUCGAGGAGGCAGGAGAAGAACGGUAUGUUUUGGAUGCCAUCAUUGGUGAAGGUAUGAAGAGCACUGAGGGUGGAAUUGGUGUGGAGAAUUUGCAGGGCAGUGGCCUCAUUGCUGGUGAAACCAGCAAAGCCUACCAGGAAACCUUUACCCUCUCCUACAUCACCGGGCGUUCAGUGGGCAUCGGUGCUUACCUGAAUCGCUUGGGUCAGCGGAAUAUUCAGAUGGUAAGCAGCCCCAUGAUCCUCACCGGCUACUCCGCCUUGAACAAACUCCUUGGGAAGAAUGUGUACUCCUCCCAGGACCAGUUGGGAGGUCCUCAAAUCAUGGUGCCCAACGGCGUGACACACCAAGUGGUGAGGGAUGAUCAAGAAGGUAUGUCGGCUAUUCUGGAUUGGUUGAGCUUUGUGCCUAAGGAUGUCUCUUGUCCACCUCCUAUUUCCUCAAGCUCUGAUCCAUGGGACCGUGAUGUGGAGUUUGAGCCUUCACCUCUUCCCUACGACCCUCGCGACUUCUUGAGGGGUGUCAUUGACUAUGAAGGCCGACGUCUCCGGGGCUUCUUCGAUGCAGGCUCCUUCACCGAAUACUUGGAGGGCUGGGGUCAGACCGUCGUCGUGGGCCGUGCACGCCUCGGGGGAAUUCCCAUGGGCGUCAUUGCAGUCGAGACGAGAGCCGUGGAACGCUUGGUCCCUGCCGAUCCCUCCAACCCUGAAAGCCGUGAAAUGAAGGAGACGAUGGGUGGAAAGGUCUGGUUUCCAGACAGCGCCUUCAAGACGGCCCAGGCGCUUAAGGAUUUCAACCAUGGGGAGAAUCUGCCGGUGAUGAUCUUUGCCAACUGGCGAGGCUUCAGUGGUGGCACCCGUGAUAUGUAUAACGAGAUCUUGAAGUUUGGUGCCAUGAUUGUUGAUGCAUUGGUGGAGUACCAGCACCCCAUCUUUAUCUACAUCCCCAAGCAUGGCGAGCUGCGGGGUGGCGCUUGGGUGGUGAUUGACCCUGCCAUUAACCCAGAGAAGAUGGAGAUGUACGCAGAUUUGGACUCGCGUGGGGGCAUCUUGGAGCCUCCGGGCAUUGUGGAGGUCAAGUUCCGUACACAUCAGCAGGUGGAGGCCAUGCAUCGCCUCGAUCCGAAGCUGCAGAAGAUGGAUGCAGACUUGGAAUCUUUGAGUGACGAAGCAAAGCCGAGUCUUGAGAAGGAGAUCAAGGCGAGGGAGAAGCAGCUGCUGCCCUUGUACACCUCGGUAGCCACGACAUUCGCGGACUUGCAUGACCGUGCCGGGCGAAUGAAAGCCAAAGGUGUCAUCAAGGAAGGGAUCUCCUGGAAGGACUCGCGCCGCUUCUUCUUCUGGCGAGUGAAGAGGCGCGUUUUGCAGGACCACUUCAUCCGCCAGCUACAGAAGGCCGACAAGAACUUGAGCCACAAAGAAGGUGAAGCCUUGAUUGAGAAGUGGGCCAUUGAGAGCAAUGUGGAUCCCAACAGUGAUGCGAAGAUGGUCGGCUGGCUAGAGACUCAAAGUGUGGAGACGCGUGCAGAGUCCGUCAGGACCAGCUACGUCAAGUCCCACCUGCAGGAGCUUUUUGCUCAGCUCCCGGAGAGCGAACGCGCUGAAAUGUUGAAGACGCUCUCCAGAUGA